AUGAGGACCGCGGGGCUCUCUCUCAGCCCAGACAGCUCGGGCUACAGAGCCCCUCAGCCCAGCCUCUCGCCGCAGCUGCCAGCACCUCUGUGCAUGGGGUCCUUUGCUGAGGCUGGCGACCCGUUGCCUCCCGUGGAGCAGGCUGAAAUGUGGAGACUUGCUGUCCCCCGGGAGCAGACUCAGCAGGACCCCAGCAAUCGUACCCCUUGGGUGGAGACUCUGCACCAGCACCAAGGGCUCCCUGGUGGACUGAUUCCUUUUGCCCACAGUGGGGUCUUCCACAGUGGGAGGCAGGUCAGAAGGAGAAAGCUCCCGCAGCAUCAGGGACUGCCCCGCAGGACAGCUGCAGAGCUGGGUGUCCGGGGAGGCGUGGGCUGGGCUGUCUGCUGUCAGUGCUCCCAGACCCCGUCGGGCAGCCUCCCGGCAGCCCCCCUUCCCCACCAGAAGGGGUGCCCUGAAACCUGGACCCCCUGCUUCUUGCUCCCCGAUCCCCGUCGCCGCUCCAGCACCCGCCAGCACCUCCCACCGGUGCGGCCUGGUUUUCCCCUAAGUCCCCCCCGAGCUGCUCCCGCAGUGCGGCGCUCCAGCCUUCUAAAUGGGACCACUGACUCCGUGCCCGCCUUCGGCCUGUGGGUGUGA